GUUAUUACUGAGCUGAUGUUUCUUCUUUCCACAGGCAUGAGGCUGAAUUUGGUAGUAGUUGUCACUGUGAUGUCCAUCCCCAUGGCACUUGUGCAAGGGGCUGAGAAGAAAAAACUACAGAUUGGAAUCAAGAAAAGAGUAGACAACUGUCCUAUAAAGUCCCGCAAGGGAGACGUGUUGAACAUGCACUACACUGGGAAACUGGAGGAUGGGACAGAAUUUGACAGCAGUAUACCGAGGAAUCAGCCCUUCACCUUUACUCUUGGCACGGGACAGGUCAUCAAGGGCUGGGAUCAGGGUUUGUUGGGGUGA